AUGCCUCUUUUCUCGUUCGGCUCCAACGGAUCUGGCCAGCUGGGUAUCGGUCACGUUGAAGAUGUCUCGGUCCCCGCACCGUGCCUGUUUGACGAGCAAGCAUCAACCCGCUCAUCGUCUACCCCCGACAGAAGCCUACCUGAGACCGGCAUUCAGCGUAUUGUCGCGGGUGGUAACCACACUCUAGUGCUGUUCGCCAACGGAGCGGUCUACGCUGCUGGGUGCAACGAGGACGGGAGAUGCGGACAGAGCCCCUCCCCCGACCCACUGUUCAGCUUUCGGCAGGUGAUUGUCAACGACACGUCGACGGGGCGGUCGUAUGACACGUUCAAGGGGAUCUCGGCGACCUGGGAAGCCACCUUUCUCGUGCCGUCGAGCGGCGGAGAGGAGGACCGCGACCGCGACGCCGUGUUCGUGCUGGGAUCCGGAGCCAAAGGGGAACUGGGACUCGGGCCGGAGUGUGCACGGGCGCCGGCCGCGACGAGGAUCCCGGAUUUCCCGCCCCCGGGGACGAAGAUUCAGGGGAUUGCCAGCAGCAUGGGACAUACGGUUGCUGUGCUGUCGAACGGGGAGGUGUAUGGAUGGGGAGGGGCGAGGAAAGGCCAGCUGGGGGGAUCGGCCGUCGCGUCGAAGAUCGCCUGGUCGCCGGUGAAGAUCGAUAACGUGCCUUUCGUGGCGACUGGGGAUGUGGCCUGUGGUCGUGAAUUUACAGUGGUGACUGGGGACCAGGCCACGGGGCAGUUUGCAGUGCUGGGGUCGUCGGGUGAUAAGUGGAAUAUUCUAUCUGGGGUUCCGGCGCCGAGUGCGUUGGAAGGGUAUCGUGGUGUUUAUGCUAGUUGGCAUGGGAUUUAUGUACAUCAGAAAGACUCUUCGAUUGUGUGCUGGGGCCGGAAUGAUCGCGGCCAGCUUCCGCCUGUCGAUUUACCCGUAUCGAGGGAAAUUGCUGUUGGAAGUGAACAUGCACUGGCGCUCCUUGAUGAUCGGAGCGUGGUGGCGUUUGGCUGGGGGGAGCAUGGCAACUGCGGUCCGGACACUGAUGCACAGGGGAAUGUCAAGGGAGAGUAUAAGCGAAUCCCUUUGCCGGCUGAGGAUAACUCCGCAGUUGUUGGGAUCGGGGCGGGGUGUGCCACUAGCUGGAUCAUUACUAGCAGGUGA